AAUGGUGUGUCGCCCACUCGCCCUCCUUACUUUAGUUCUUCUCGAAUUGUUUAAGCUGUGUUGUUCUAAGGUUAGCUAGUAGAAUUAUUGAGAAGAAGUUGGAGAAAAAUGAUGUUAAGGGACGUUAAAGUGUUGGGUUUGGUGUUGUUGGUUGUUUGCGGCGGCGGCGGGGCGGCGGCGAAGGAUGACUUGAAGGACAAGUGCGGGAAAGAGUCGCCGAAAGUGAUGGAUUGCUUGUCGUACGCGAUCGGGACGGCGGACGCGCCGAGCAAGAAGUGCUGCGACUCGGUGUCGAGCAUUAAGGAGACGGAUCCGGUGUGCCUCUGCUACGUUAUACAGCAGGUUCAUAAAGGGGAUAGCUCCGUCACGAGUCUUGGCAUUAAAGAGGAUCGGUUGCUUAAGCUCCCGUCCGAGUGCAAGCUCGCCAAUGCCAGCACCACCAACUGCCCUAAACUGUUGAACCUUCCGGCGGGCUCUCCGGACGCCGCCAUCUUCACUAACGCUACAACUAGUCACGCCACUUCGAAAACCCCCGGCGCAUCUCCCGGCGGCUCAACGUCACAGCCGGCCACCGCUGGCGGUGACUCUGGUGGGUCGUUCAAGCACGCCCCGCAGCUCGCCGGAGUGCCCUUGUUGGCCGCUGCCGUCGCCGUCGUUUUCUGGGCUUUUCCAAGUGUGGUUUGAAUUGCAGGGUGAUGUGUUGUAGCCUGCAGUACGUAGUUAUUGGUAUUUUAAUUGUUCUAAUUUUCUUUAAUUAAUCUCCAUUUCCACUCUUCAUGCUGUUUUAAUUUGUACGUUGGAAAAUUAUCAAGAGCCUUUAAUUUAUUUUAUGUUUUCUCAA